AAAGAGUGGGCAUGUAUUUGCCAAUGUAGUUUCAUACGGCUGAUGGUAGUUCUCCAAUCUGCCAUUGACAGCAGUGAAUUGCGCUGAAAGCGGGGCAAUAAUCAUUUAUGCCGUUGGUAGUUUGUAAUUGUAUGCGGGGAUCAGAUAAACAACCCUGGCGAAACAGCCAAUAAGAGCAGUGAAUUCCAUACAAAUUAUAGCAUCGGAGAUAUUUACUGAUCACACUCGUGAAGUGUUAGAACUCUAUAGCUAGUUACCGACCGUGGACUGAUUGAAAGGUGCUGCUUUACUCUGCGGAAUUAUGUCAGUGUCAGACCAGACGUUGCAAAAUUCAGCUAGCCAAAGUGAAAGUGUUACUUGUCCGAGUCGAAGAAGCUUCCAGACUGCGUGUGGGAGCAAGGUGCGGGGCUACGAUCGCCGGGUGUUCCACCAGUACUAUGAGGAGCUGUGUGCUCGGCGUGGUCUACUGCCGGUGGCAUGCUGUAAGGGGCAGUGCAGGAAUGGAGUUUUGGACUUGAACGCGGACCGCGUCGGACUAGGCCACUGGGGCCCUUUGCUCAGUGCGCUUUGCGCGGACCGCUCCCUGGAGCACAUCACCAUCCGCAGCAAGCACCACAACAAGAAAGUGAUACAGUCUGCUGACACCAAGCUGAAGACAAUGGCAGUGAGCCAGCGUCCCGUGCUCUACACGCAGUACGUGCUUUCACUGCUCAUGGAUGCAUUGGCUGGCUGCGUGCAGCGCAACUGUGUACUGGUGAGCCUGGAGUUGGAGUCUCUGCCUCUCGACAAGGAAACACUCGGCCCGCUCGUCCAGGCGAUGAAGGGCUGCCGAACACUACAACAGCUGUCCCUGCAGGGCUGUCCGUUGGGUGACACCGGCUGUGAGCUGGUGUGUGCGACUCUCAGGAACCUGCCUAGCGUGGUGACCUUGAACCUGUCACGGUGUGGGCUGUCUAGCAGCGGUGCUGCACAUGUUGCCAGCUUGCUCGAGUACCAGAAGAUACAGCGCCUCAACGAAUGCUGGCGACACUCACUCCGGUACCGUGAGGCAGACCUAGAUGCUAUCCAGGGCCUCCGCAGAGUCACGCUCAAUGGAAACAUGCUAAGGGACGAAGGGCUGGCCCGCCUGGUAGAUGCUGCCACCGAUGACCUGUGGCUCAGAGCUCUGGACUUGCAACACUGCGGCCUGAGUGACGUUGGCGUGCGCCAAGUACUAGAGCUGCUGCAGUACAACACCAGCUUGGCCAUCGUGGACGUGCGCCUGAACACUGCUGUCAGUGCAGAGAUGCUGGCACGUGUCAUGAAGCAGCUACACACCAACCAUGCCCAUCAUGAUCCCCAGUACGACUGGUGGCCUGUGAAAGCGCUGCGGCCUAUCAGGAAGUCCUUCUCACAGAGCCUACAGCUGAAGCUUGAAAAGAAGUCCGUGUGUGACUUCGAUGACCAGCGUAACAGCAGUGACCUCAGGUUAAAGAAGUGCACGGCCUCAAGUGGCAAAAAUUUGCUGCCGUCUCAAGGCAUCACUUUGCGUGACUACAAGCAGUUGGAGGAGCAGAGGGAUGCUGCGCUGCUACAGCUGCGUAUGCUAGAGGCACAGCUGCAGCAGGCUUGUAAGGAGCGUGAUGAGGCUCUGAGCAUGGUGAAUGAGCUACUCGCCGGCCAACCACAAGUGCCUGAUGGGUUGGUGCUUGUUCCCCCAGACAUGCUUCUGGCCAUGGAAGACAUCCUUAAGAUGGCGCAAAGCAAUGGCUUCAGCAAGAUGUGAGGAGCGCUGUGCUGGUGAGCCUGGGUCAGAGAGUGUGCCGUCUUCAGCAUCACUGCGCACGUCUGUACUUGCACUUGUUACAAAUUAUUUAAUAAAUGUUGGUCUUUUUCUUC